GUUGUUCUCAUCUUAAGCGGCAACCUAAGUUUUCUCAACUGGCUGACAAUCCUACCGAGUAUAAUGUGUUUUGAUGACAGAGCUCUCGCCUGGUGUUUCACUGUCUCGUCACAUGCACGAAGACAAGUGUGUAAAAUACAGAAAUUAUACCAUGAUGGACGUUCACCAAGACCUACAAGAGGUAAGAUACAUUAUACUCAACUGUCUGUGCCAGUGUAGAUAGCGCAUGGCAAUAAUGAGAAAGCUUCGGAUUGAUACAUCGAGGAAUCAGGAAUUAGGAUUUAUUCAAAUUACAUCGCAGCAAAAGCUGAAUUACGUAAUAGUUACAAAAUAUCAUGUAUUAAACUAUUGCAUCUAUUCACAUUAAAAAUAUUUAAAAUUACAGCUACUGUAGCAUAUUCAACAUGACUUAUUGCACUUUUUUUUGUGUUGUUGGUGUUAUCGGACUUAUUGCACAUGGCAGAUGCAACUAUAACUGAAAAAUACAGUUAGUGACUAACCUCCAGACGAAGGGCCUUUGCUGGAAACGUCGAAUUUCUUCUUGUAUUUUUUCAGGUUGUUGCAUCUCUUUCAACCCGAAGCUUUCUCAAGAUAUUUUAUAUAAUAACUACAGUGAAACGCGCAAUUUGAUUGGUCAAUACCCGUGCAGGAUCAGACAAUCUUGCACAGAAAAUUUAAAUGCCUUCGCGCGGGCUUUUUAAAUCGUCGGACAAUGAAAACAUUUUAACGUGUUAAGAUAACUGUAUAUUGAACGAGAGACAAGUUAACAAAACGUUAAUAAAAUUAUAAUAAAGUUAACCGUUUAAAUAACGUUUAGAUAACCGUUGUUUCACUGUAGUUGUUUUAUAAAACAACGGCUCGUAUUUUUACGGAAACCCAUUUGUAUUCCUGCACGGAAAACCAUUUUGUAUUCCUUUAAUUCACUGGGAGCCUACAGGAGUGACGUAACUCUAUUAACCACCCCUUUUGAUACCCCUUCCUACUCUUAUAUACCCUCCCUCUCAUGAGAAAAAGUGGGUAAAUACCAACCUGAAAUAAAUAGGUUUGUAGUUCCGCAAUAAUUACUGUGUGGAAAGUACAACGUGAAACUACAUUCAUAAGACCUAACAGGCAAAACUUAUGUUCGAUGCCAUUAUUAUACGCUAGUGAAUAGAGUUUGGUGUUUUUGCCUUUUCACCCCAAUAGACAAUUUGGUACAUGAGCAGCAUAUUCAUUCUUUAGUUAUGUUGUGUUUCGUUGUUAUAAUCAUCCAAUCCUAAAACCUGUUCAUAUAUCUUGCUGGCCAUCCUACUGAGAAGAUUGUCCUUACCGUAUUCGGAGAAAUAAUGUAGACCCUCUGCUCUAUCAAGACUCUAUUGAGCCACUCAAGGUUCUUGAAAUACAGUGGAUGAGCUGUCUGGUUAUACAGAUACUUCAAGUUAAGCUGUCAUUCACUUUUAAACUGUCGUGGAUUUGACAAGUAAAAUAAAUUAUUACUUAGGUCUUCGAAUACGUUGGAUAAUGGAAGUAUUCCUUGGUCUACUGUUGGCAUAUCUCAGUAUACCUGUUCUACAGAAUCUAUUUUCAUCUCGGCAAAUUAUGAACACAUCGUUUGAUUCUCUUCGUAUCGUUAAUACAUACGGCGCUUUUGGCAG